CCGUUUCUCUUUAAUUGUUAUCAUCGGCUUGCCGCGCCCAGUCCGUUCAAUCAACAAAUGAUAACGCGAAAUUUAAACACAAUUUGUUAUUUUAAAUUUUACGCGCAACGUUGAAUGUUGAGACAGCGGUUUAAUCGCCUUUCAGCGUUCCGAGAAAUUCUAUUGAUCAAAUCGGAAUGAUAAAAUGACGGCAGUUUUUACAUGGUGCGUCUCGUAGCGUGUGGUGCUACAUUAUUAUAAUUUUAUUCGCAACGGAUUUACUAGGUGAUGUAUCCGUUACGCGAUCAAAGCAAACGGUCCUUCAUCGGCUGUUGUUGAAAAACCAUCUACACCCGUCCAGAAGAAGGGUGUUGAUUGACAGUUUCGCGGUAAUAACAUCGUUAUAUGGACACCACCGGGAGCAGCGGCGGCAUCGUCCGUGGACUGUCGCCGUGGUGCCGGUGUCUAUGGUGGCUGAUGGUUGUCUCAUGGUGCGCGGCGCAAGCUCUGGAUCAGGACGCGUUCAUACAGCGAGAUAACGCGGUGCUCCCGCGCCGGCGAGUGCACAAGUUCCGCAAGACCCAGCAGCAUCAGCACCACCAGCACGCCGAGGACACAGGGAACGGCGAGCGGAUGAGGAGGCCCAACAUCGUACUGAUCCUGACCGACGAUCAAGACGCAGAACUAGGAUCUUUGGAUUAUAUGGAAAAAACACAAAAAUUGCUCAGAGAUGAAGGUGCCGAAUUUCAACACGCUUACAGCACUACCCCUAUGUGCUGUCCGUCCAGAAGCUCAUUGCUUACCGGUUUAUACACACACAACCACGAAGUGUUCACAAACAAUGACAAUUGCAGUGGACCAGUAUGGCAGAGUGUACACGAGUCAAGGACAUUUGCCACUUAUUUAACCAACGAGGCAGGAUAUCAUACAGGAUAUUUUGGAAAAUAUUUAAACAAGUAUAAUGGAAGCUACAUACCUCCUGGCUGGCGUCAAUGGGGAGGUCUAAUUAUGAAUUCUAAAUAUUACAAUUAUUCUGUGAACUUAAAUGGCAAAAAAAUUAAACAUGGUGACGACUACCAUAAAGAUUACUAUCCAAAUUUGGUCACCAACGACUCAAUAAACUUUCUUCGACACACGAAACAGCACCACCCCCAUCGUCCAUUUAUGCUUGUAAUGAGUUUCCCGUCACCUCACGGCCCCGAAGACUCAGCACCAGAAUACUCUGAUAUGUUUUUUAACGUGACUUCACAUCACACUCCGACAUAUGACUAUGCUCCUAAUCCUGAUAAACAGUGGAUUUUACAAGCAACUGGACAAAUGUUACCGAUUCAUAAACAAUUCACAAAUCUAUUAAUGACGAAACGAUUGCAAACAUUGCAAAGUGUAGAUGAUGCUGUAUCUAAAGUUUAUGGAGAACUGAAGCAAUUAGGCGAAUUGGAGAAUACAUAUAUUAUUUAUACUUCAGACCAUGGUUAUCACUUAGGUCAAUUUGGUUUAGUUAAAGGUAAAUCGUUUCCAUUUGAAUUUGAUGUGCGUGUUCCAAUGUUAGUAAGAGGACCUGGUAUCGAACCUGGAACAAAAGUAAAUGAAAUAUUUCUUAACAUAGACUUGGCACCUACAUUUUUGGACAUUGCUGGUGUUAAUCCUCCAGCUCAUAUGGAUGGCCGUUCUGCAUUCAAACUAUUCCAUAGACACAAAAAGGGUAAUAAAAAAUUUGUCGCACACUGGCCUGAUACAUUUUUAAUUGAAAGCAGUGGUCGAAGAGAACAUAAUAAACAUAAAAAAAUGUCUACUGGAUUAUCAUCAUCAAUUAAUAAUGAUUUUAGUAUUGAAGAUAAUUUGGGAGUUGCUGUUGGUGACAAAGCUAGUGCACUUUUUAUAUUAUGUCAGAGAUCAGAUUACCAGUCUCCUUGCAAACCUGGACAAAAAUGGCAUUGUAUUCGUGAUGGAUUCAGAUGGCGAAAACAUAAGUGUAAUCUAAAAAACCGUAAUCGACUUCUAAAUGGACUUAAAAAAUGUACUUGCUUUUCUACUAAUGGAAAUUUAUACACGAAGCUUGAAAUGGAUAAAAACAAAAAAUAUAAUUCUAAAAAUCUAAAAGUAGCCAAUUUUAAAGAUCGUUUUCGUAGAGACAUUUUGGCUCCUCUCAGUACUAAUAUGUCUUCAAUUAAGAAUGUAUUGAACAAACAAAUUGAUGACUUACGGUUAAUGACAGUGGUUAAUGACUCAGCUCUAGCUAGCUGUACAGUUACACCCAAUGGUGACGUUAAAUGUACAAAUAUUGUAUAUAACAAUCCAAAAGUUUGGAAAUUUAGUCAAAAUCGUGUACAAAAACAAAUUUCAAAUUUACAAAAAAAAUUAGAAAAACUAAAAGAAAUACAAAAACACCUUGAAACUAAGCGACCAAAUAUUGAUGACAAAGAUGAAGAGGAUGACGACAUAGAAGAUGACCUAAAUGAAGACGAUUCUGAUAACUUGCCAACAGAUUAUUCUCAAACACAGUGGAAUCUUAGGAUGGUACCUGUUAACAAUUAUAGUAUGAGCCCUGGUAGCUUACUGGUAGAUGGAGUGGAACCUCAUAUUCUUAGACAUCAUGGACAUAAAUCACAAACUAAAAGUACUUCUGCAGACACAUGUUAUUGUACACCUUUCAUGUUUAGUGAUAACGAUCCUGCAUUAAAUAAGGAGGUCAAAAAGCUUCUAAAAGCUGAUAGACAAAAGAAAAAAGGACGAAAAUUUCGUAAGAAAAAUUCUAAGCUAAAUAAGGAAUGUAUGCUAGAAAAAAUGAACUGUUUUAAUCAUGACAAUGAUCAUUGGCGAACUGCACCAUUUUGGACAGAGGGACCAUUUUGUUUCUGUAUGAACGCAAAUAACAAUACAUAUUCAUGUCUUCGCACAGUUAACGCCACACACAAUUUCCUUUACUGUGAAUUCGUCACAGGGCUAGUGACAUUUUACAAUAUGAAAAUCGAUCCAUUCCAACAGCGAAAUCGAGCUCACACUUUAGAGCCUAAAGAAAAAGAAUGGCUGCGAGAUUCGCUUUCAGAAAUGAUGCGCUGUAAGGGUUCUGCUCAAUGUGCGAUCAGCCCAGUGAAACGUAGAAAAAAACUGGAAAGUUAUAACACGCUCUCGUCUAAUGACGAAGCAAUAACGAGCAAAAAAUUGCUGACGGAACAACCGAAAGAUGUGGAUAUUGCAGUGCGAUACCGAUAGCACAUAUACAUAUUAUAUUAUGUUAUAAAUUUAUACCGAAAAUUAGUGUAAAAAUGCAGUAUUAUUAAUUUAUAUGUAUCUAUAUUUAUUUAUUUUAAUUAUGUAUUGAUUUUUAAAAAUGACUUGAUGUGAUUUAUGUACCUAUUUAUAUAUAUAUAUAUACAUAUUUACCUAUGUAAUUUGUUGAAUGUCCAAUAAAUAUUGUUUAGAACA